CUGUGGAAGCCGCAUGUGCGGAAGCUAAUGCAGUGUUUUUAGCGUCUUACACUUUGUGUUUUUGAUGAAAUUAACACCAAAAGAUGGCAGACACAAUGCAGGAGGAAACUAGUGGUAUAAAAUUUGCAGAGCAGCAACUCCGGCGUCACGGCUGGAAACAUGGUAAAGGUUUGGGCCGAGAUGAAAAUGGCAUGACAGAAGCUAUCAAAGUGAAGGUUAAAUGUAACAAAGGAGGGAUUGGCCAUAAGGAGGGGGAGCAGUUCACCUUCCAAUGGUGGGAUCAUGUCUUUAAUAAGGCCUCUUCCAGUUUGAAGGUGGAGUCUGACCAGAACAGUAUUAAGGUAAAGAAGAUGACUGGAGAAGAUGAAGGCAUGGUCUCUAACAAAAAACCACGGAAGAUGAUGCUGGCUAAAUCUAAACUUUAUGGAUGCUUUGUCAAGUCAGCUACACUGCUGUCUGGUCAGGAACAGCCAGAGCCCAAGUCUUGUGACUCUGAUGACAGCAGCAGCUCAGAUGAGGAGAGGUUGGAUCUGUCCAGCACCACCAAACUUUCUGAUGCUGAUUUAAAGAAGGCUUGCGGAGGACGCACAGCUCAUAAGGGAGCCCGGCACGGGCUGACAAUGAGCGCCAAGUUAGCCAGACUGGAGCAGCAGGAGGCAGCCUUCAUGGCCAAGUAUGGCAAGAAGUGCCAGCCAGCCAGCGCUUCAUCGGUUCGUGUUCCACAGACACAGCAGAGCAGCUCAGGGGACUCAGAAGAGGCGUCCCAGAGCAAAAAGAUUAAAAGAAAGCCAUCGUUCGAUGAGGUAAAUGGUGAUGCCAUGUCUGAAAGCAGUGAAGGUGGUGUUAAACCCAAAAAGAGAAAAAAGAAAAAGAAGACAAGAGAGGGUUCUGAGGAAAUGGUUGUUGCAGAAGAGGAGUUGACCAAUGCAGAUAAAAAUGAAGAGCAAAGUACAAAAAGGAAAUGCAGAAAGAAGAAAAACAGUGAAAAUGGUGAGAGGGAGACGGCUGCUACAGAGUGCAAGAGUCCAGAAAAAACUGCUCAGGUUUCCUCAGAUCUGCACACUACAGAAGAAAAAAUGAAGAAAUCCAAACGCCACAGCAAGUCGGUUGCAGCCUCAGCCGAGGUCGAGGAUAAUGACACAGAAUCCAGCCAGAAGAAGAAGAAAAAAAAAGGAAAGCAAAAGCAGUAACACUGGAUGAAACUGAAACUAGAAGUUACUCUGCAGCAGCUGAACUUGAAAUAAGGACAAACUGCAGAUGACUAUAAAUGAUGUACAGUAGUGUUCAGAAUAAUAGUAGUGCUAUGUGACUCAAAAGAUUAAUCCA